UAAACAGGCUGCCCGCACGUAAUCAACGUUUCUUCUCGGUGGAUGGAAACAAUUGCUUUUGCUCUUGGUUUGUGAAAAUUGCGAAAAAUGGAAAACCAUGACCGAGUGUGUCAUUUUUGUCUCGAGGGCAGUGACUUGAGCACGCUGAACGAUGAGGAGCUUACGGUGAAAAUUCAUCGUAUAUUUUAUUUUGAGGUUACGUUCCCGUCCGACUCGAGCGGCCUUAUCUGUGGCCGGUGCAGACAAAUUAUAGAAGAUUUUUACUACUACGCGGAACGUGUAGCCCGCAAUCAGGAGCAGCUAAGAGCGAAGCUGCUUAACAGACAGCUCAAACAGGAAACUUUGGAAGAAAUAGUGAUAUGUCCCGAUCCAUCCAGUGAAGCUCGUCCGGAGAACAGUGUGGAAAGCGUCGACAAGAAGAGCGUGCCAAUCGCGAUGACCAUCGAAACGGUGGACGAUGUGGAUCAACCACGUUGGGGUAUCAAAGAGGAAGAACACGAUGUGCAUAACGAGGAGAAUGAGGAAGAGGAGGAUGAAGACGAGGAUGAUCAGGAAUAUGUUCCACCAGAUUCUAGAAGCGAACAGUCCUCACCCGAGCCAGAAACCAUCGAUGAAUUGCCAAAAACCAAAGCUAAACCAAGGGCAGCAACGAGCAGUACGAAAAAGCCGACAGCCGGCGAUGCAAGUGCAGCAAAGGAAAAGGAAACCAACCCCAGCACGGAACAGAUGGUCCUCGAGCACUACAAACUGUCGUGCGAUAUCUGCUCGGCACCGUUGACCGAUUUCAGCGAUCUCGGCAAACACUACCGGCAGCAGCACAAUGUGACGGGCUAUCUGCGAUGCUGCAACAAGAAGAUCGUUAAAAAGUGCUGGAUGAUUGAGCAUCUGCAGCUGCACCUGAAUCCGGACGCGUUCCGGUGCGAGCAGUGUGCGAGAAGCUACUCCUCCAGCAAGGUGCUGAAGGAGCACCUGAAGGAGGUCCACGCAGCGGCCGCCGAGCGUUCCUUUCCCUGCGAAACGUGCCGGAAGGCGUUCGUUUCGCGUGCCCACCUGAACGCCCACGUGAUGGUGGCGCAUGGUUCGGUGUCGUGUCCGCAGUGCGACAAGGUGCUGGCCAGCCAGGGCUCGCUGCGCAAGCAUCUGGUCGCGGUUCAUGGCGAGGGAGAGAAGCACGUGUGCGAGGUGUGCGCGCGAGUGUUUCGCUCGAAGCAGAGCUUCGACACGCACCGCAAGGUGCACGCGGGUAGCCGGCUGGAGAGCAAGGUACAGUGCGACCUGUGCCAGGCAUGGCUGAUGGACAAGUACUGCCUCACCAAGCACGUGCGGCGUAUGCACGCGGAUCAGGACGGGGAGCCGGUGGCGUGCGCCGAGUGCGGGCGAUCGUUCCGCAACCAGAACGCACUGAACGGGCACAUGUGGCGGGCGCACCAGGAGAGCCGGUUCGAAUGCGAACGGUGCCACAAGCGGUUCAAACGGCCACAUCACAUGCGGGAACACAUCGCUAUUCAUCAUACUGGCGACGAGCUGUACGGUUGCAAGUACUGCUCGGAACGGUUCAACACGAGGAACAAACAGCUGUCCCACCGGAAAACAGCUCACCCGGAAGAAUUCGCCGAAGAGCUUCGGAAACGUACGUUGAAAGAGUGAAACUGUUCGAGUGGACCAGUUGGAUUGGCAACUGUUUUUUUUUUUUCAGAUGAAAUAGCAUAUAAAAGCAUUUAUAUAACUGAAAACAUCGAAGAACUGUUACCUGAACGUAGAAUAUUGUCUAGAAACUGUAUUGAUUGAGUCGUGAUUUUAUGGUUUAAAAGGUUAGAAGAGAUUGUUUGAUAUUUUUUUUGUUUAUGAAAACUAAAUAUUGGAAAAGGAUUUAACUUAUUUUUUUAUAUCAUUAAUUUAACUUAAUUUUGAAUAGGUUACUAUAUUCUAAAUUUCAUGAAAUACCAAUGAAAACUCGCCAUUUUACUGUAUGACUGUGAAUCAAUAAAAGCAAAUAGAACUAUAUUCACUUUACCGAAAAGCGUUACGGAAGGCCCAAUGAUUGGAAUAAACUAUCUAAAAAAUAGCAAACAGUUACUGG